CCAUGUGGCGGCUCUUUCAAUGGACGUGUCCCCGCGUGCUUCUUAGACGGUCUGCGGUCUCCUAAAGGUCGACCAUGGUGGCCGGGACCCGCUGUCUUCUAGCGUUGCUGCUUCCCCAGGUCCUCCUGGGCGGCGCGGCUGGCCUGGUUCCAGAGCUGGCCCGGAGGAAGUUCGCGGCCGCGUCGGGUCGUUCCUCGUCUCAGCCCUCUGACGACGUCCUGAACGAGUUCGAGUUGCGGCUGCUCAGCAUGUUCGGCCUGAAGCAGAGACCCACCCCCAGUAGGGACGCCGUGGUGCCCCCCUACAUGCUGGACUUGUAUCGCCGGCACUCGGGCCAGCCUGGCGCGCGCGCCCCAGACCACCGGCUGGAAAAGGCCACCAGCCGGGCCAACACGGUGCGCAGCUUCCACCACGAAGAAUCUUUGGAAGAACUUCCAGAGACAAAUGGGAAAACAGCCCGCCGAUUCUUCUUUAAUUUAACAUCGAUCCCCACCGAGGAGCUGGUCACUUCAGCGGAACUUCAGGUCUUUCGGGAACAGAUGCAGCAAGCUUUGGCAAACAGCGGCAGUUUCCAUCAUCGAAUUAAUAUUUAUGAAAUUAUCAAACCUGCACCAACUAACUCCAAAUUCCCGGUCACCAGACUUUUGGACACCAGGCUGGUGAAUCAGAACGCAAGCAAGUGGGAGAGCUUUGAUGUCACGCCCGCGGUGACGCGGUGGACCGCACAGGGACAUGUCAAUCACGGCUUCGCGGUGGAAGUGACCCACUUAGAGGAGGCGCACGAUGUCUCCAAGAGACACGUCAGGAUUAGCAGGUCUUUGCACCAAGAUGAACACAGCUGGUCCCAAAUAAGGCCGUUACUCGUAACUUUCGGCCACGAUGGGAAAGGACAUCCCCUCCACAAAAGAGAAAGGCGUCAAGCAAAACACAAGCAGCGGAAGCGCCUGAAGUACGGCUGUAAGAGACACCCUUUGUACGUGGACUUCAGUGACGUGGGGUGGAAUGACUGGAUUGUGGCCCCACCAGGGUAUCACGCCUUUUACUGCCACGGGGAAUGCCCCUUUCCCCUGGCAGAUCACCUGAACUCCACGAAUCAUGCCAUUGUUCAGACGUUGGUCAAUUCCGUGAACGCUAAGAUUCCUAGGGCGUGCUGUGUCCCCACAGAACUCAGCCCUAUUUCCAUGCUGUACCUUGACGAAAAUGAAAAGGUUGUAUUAAAGAACUACCAGGACAUGGUUGUGGAGGGUUGUGGGUGUCGUUAGCCCAGCAGAACUAUAUAAGUAUAUGUAGAUAUAUACACAUCCAUGUGUAUAUAUGUAUAUAUAUAUAUUAGAAAAAAAACGCAAAAAAUCCCCCAAGUUGACACUUUAAUAUUUCCCAAUGAAGACUUUAUUUAUGGAAUGGAAUGGAAAAAAGGAAAAAAAAACACAACUAUUUUGAAAAUAUAUUUAUAUCUACGAAAAGA